GCACUACAGUCCAACGCCGGUGGACUUUAGACAGGCGGAGGGACGGGUGACUUUAGUCAUACGGCACACUCUUCUUCCUGGAAGGAAACGUUAACAGCUUUAGAAAUGGCUAAAUUCUUUACACCAGCUCAAAUCAAUGAGUUCAAAGAAUGCUUCUCCUUGCAUGACAAAAACCAAAAGGGUAAAAUCAAUUCAAAAGAUCUGAUAACAGUUAUGCGCUGCCUUGGUACAAGCCCCACACUUGGUGAAAUAGAAAGACAUCUUCAAGUUCAUAAAAUCGGAAAGACAGGUGAGAUAGAUUUCUCUACAUUCCUGAACAUGAUGCACAGACAGAUGCAGCAAGAGGAUCCGAAGAACGAAAUCCUGGAGGCCUUUAGGAUGACAGACAAGCAGAAAAAAGGAUCCAUCCAGGCAUCUGAGCUGCGGGCCAAACUCACCACAUUAGGAGAGAAACUCACAAACAAAGAAGUGGACGACCUCUUCAAAGAAGCAAACGUCAGGUCUAAUGGCGUUAUCAACUACGAAGCGUUCACCCAAAUGGUGACGCUGCCACCAGUCGACUAUUGAGGAUCUGAGGUCAAAAAUCAACAAGCUGAAAACUUCACAACAAUGACUGAUGGAAAAUUAACUUCAGACACUGAACCUGAUGUUGAAAACUUGUGUAAAUUAGAGUGACAGACCAUGAUUAUAAUUUAAUUAUGCAAUUAAAACAUUUACCCUACCUUUGA